GCCCAACACACACGUCUCGGCACCCAUCGUCAUCACCGCCCCUUCACCCUGCCUGCAGCUGCCCCAGCAAGUCUCUGGCCUUGUCGCACAGCUCAUGGUCGGCGCCACAACACACACGCAAUACCUGAACACAGCAUUCACCUGCAGUAGAUAUGCGAGUACACCGUGGCCGAAUCUCAUGUAUGACCUCGAAGGCUCUCCUCAUGAGUGCAUCGGCCUUCGACGUCUCUCCACAUGCAGAGAGGAUCUUGGCCGUGAGGAACAGCUGAAGACCGAACAGCGGCGACUGGGCUCCGUACAGGGCUGCAUCACACAAGACGUAGAUAGAGAAUCAACCAUUUUCCUUUACGUGCUUUCUGCCCGUCUUCCCCACGCACCCCGAUAAGCUGGCAGGGUCGUCAGUGCGACUGGAGCGGCCUCAGCAAAGGCCUCGACGGAGAUCAGGUGCUGCAGCCACGACUCGCGCAAACGAUGAAGCCUAAGAGGACAGCGACGUGGGAAACCAGCUGUCGGGGAGUGGGCAGUGUCCUGCACCCCGGCAUCCCUGCUCGCGUACCUCAGGUAUGCAGGAUGAAAGGACGCUCCUGUCCCCAUCAGGUCGUGGGUAAUGGCCCUUAUCUGCUGCUCCCCACACGCACAUGCACUACCCUGCCUGGCUGCCGCCACCCGGUCUUCAAGCACGCCGAUAAGACCCUCAUCCACACGGCCACUCGGCUCCUGACGUGUUGUGGUAGCCACCUCGUAGACAGCCGACUGCGCCAGACUCUCUUCAAGACGUGACCAGCCCCCCUCCUGUCUUCCCCACUUCUGCCGGGCCUCAUCCAUGUCUGCGGCAAUGAGACGCCGACCGCGCCACUCACAUGGCCAUCGCCAGUCCCACCCAUUGCCGCUGCUGCUGUGGGAACUGGUCUGCAGCGAGUCGUGGUCGCAUAGAACUGUUCGCUGCAGGUGCUCCCAGGCUGACGAAAGGAGGUCGCCUGUUGGGGCGGUAUAUGUGGGACGGAAUGAACCGGUAAGGGGCUUUACAAGGAAGGCGUCCACAACACCCUGUGAACGUAUUCAUGAGUGGAUGGUUGCUGCACCGCAUGUUAGUGCGUGACGGCUUACUUGCAGCGGUGCCUGGUCGUGUGUGUGGCAGAGUGGACACGAGCACUCGAAGAAGUACUGCUCCUUCAGAUAGCGACGCCGACCUGACGCAUCCAGCCAUGAUGGGGAGAAAGCGACGCCAUAUAAUGACGAUACAGGCGAUGUGUGCACUCCAUGGAUGUCUGUCAGUCUUACUCACCUUCCGCUGUGUCCGCGACAUCCAAAUAGCUGAUCGUCAGCUGCACCCACAACGCCCAACCCACAUCCGCCAUCGCUGGUCUUCUCGCUGAUGACCCUUUCCUUCGUCUAUUUCACCUCAGUGUCGGGUGUGAGGUCCGCCAGGGUGCGCACAGUCAGCCGUAGACCGGCGAAAGUCGCCACACACGACGGCAGGCAGCUGUGCACACAGCACAGAGCACAAGAAGAGCGCUGUCGGACUGUCGAUGGUAUGUCUGCAACGGUGUGUGUGUGUGUGUGUGCGUGCGUGCGUGAGUGCGUCUGUAGCCUACGGACGAGUGGUUGAGGACAGCUGCGUCGGGGUAGAAACCCAAACCGACAGGCUGGUGAGUCCACCACAUACAGACACACAUACCACACACACGCGACACCAAUGAAUGCAUUCACAUGAUUACCCUCAGCCCGGACACGUACCCUCAGCUCUUCAUCGCAGAUGGAGAAUGCGUUGCAUGAGACCUGAGCACACACUCCCCGCGCCACUCAGUGUGGGCGAAUGGGCGAUUUGUGGCUUCUGAGCAGACCUUGCACAAGGCGGCGAGGAGGGUGGUUUGGGCGGGACACCGAUUGCCCACAGAUGUCGCCCUCAGCAUCUUUUCGGCCAGACAGCUCACUGCAGCUGCAAUGUAUCAAAUGCAUUGCACCACCGCCAAGGAGCUCUCUGUCGGUCACUCACCGAAGCCUUCCUUCUGCCCAUCAGUGAGGCCGUCAGGAUCUGCAGACAGACAGACAGACAGACAGAUACACAAACCAAACCACACUCAUGCAUUGCCUCCCAACCCACCCACCCAUUCCCACACGUACCUCCUUUCAACGCCAUGAAUGAGUCGAGCGUGAGCGUUGAGGAUGACCCUCCAUCACCCACCAGCAGUCGUGAGAUGAUUUGCACCAGCAGCCGCAGCGAGGGGGUUGGGCACCGCGGAUGGACAGCCUGGAUCGCGCUGCACUCCCAUCGGUGCACUCGCCACGCCACUGACUGACACGCAGCGCCACAAAAGGCAACCGCCUACAGCACACCCAACACACAGACAGACUGGAGACUGAUCCACCGAUCCAUUGCGCGGCGGAACGUUACCUUACCACGUACGUACCUUGCAUCGUCCGCACCGCAGCAGCCGCCUGCCUGGCGUUGCUUCCUUCAGACAGCCGCUGCACCGCCGCAUCUGCACACUCUCCACACUGGGCGGCGAUGUGCUGGGAGUGAUGACAUAGGCGAAGGGCUCGGCAGUGACAAUCACCGAGCCGCGGGGGAUCUCGUCGGCUGCAAAGAGGCCGCGGCCCUUCCUCGGAUCUCUCCUCGUGACGGUCUUGGCCAUGGCUCCAUCACCAAAUCCGCGACGGAUUCGUUUGCUCGCUUCUCGUGAAGCCGCCCGACGCCAUGGGAAGGCUG